GAGCCCAAAUAUGCAGAUUUGGGCCAUGAUAAUUCAUUCACGAAUAAUAUCGGGCCCGGUUCAUCAUCCUCCUGUGUCGUGCGUUUCAGAUCGAAUCGAAGUCUCGAAAUAGCGUCGAGACACGUACACGAAGAGCAUCAGAAAUUCGUCUUUUCGUUGCAGAAUUCUAUCGAAUUUACGAGAUCAGUCGACGAUCGCCAUGGGGUUUUUGGUGACAACCCUAAUUUUCGUGGUGGUUGGGAUCAUUGCGUCUCUUUGUACCAGAAUCUGCUGCAACAGAGGCCCUUCUACUAAUUUGUUGCAUCUCACAUUAGUUAUAACAGCAACUGUGUGCUGUUGGAUGAUGUGGGCGAUUGUGUACGUUGCUCAAAUGAAACCACUUAUAGUUCCCAUUCUGAGUGAAGGAGAGUAAUUCUUUGCACAAGUUCUGAGUAUUUUUAUAGUUCCUAUACUGAGCGGAUCGGCGACAGGAGAAUAUUGAUUUUUAGGGCUUGUGGAUCCAUCAGCGUCCUUUCAUGUUGGGUGUGUACGUAAUCUGGAGGAGUGUGAACUCUCAACUUUGAAUUUGUUUAAUGCCGUUGGCAUUCUAUUAUAGACCAAGCAUAAAUAUGUAACUUGGAUGAAAUAAUUGUUGGAAAUUGAGUAUUAUUUCCUUUUCAUUUCAUGUACCAUAUCAGAAUGCGACAUUCAUAAGACUUCUGUCUUGGUGGAAUAAACUUUCAAUCGUAUUUUUGCA